GGCAUCUUCAUCUUGUGGGUGAUUGGGCAGGUUUCAGGUAGUGGUCUUAUCUCGCUCGCUUUCAAUCUCUGAUUGAACUCGCUUUGUCUCCGCGCUUCAGACAGGGGACCAGUGUCACAGCGCAUUCCCAAACUCGGCGAAUCUCGUCAAGCCCGCGGCCCGCCAGAGCACAUCGGACUCAAGACACAUCUCUAUUCUUUAAUCCUCUCAACACGUCUCUUGACCUUGUGCACAUCACUCGUGUCGAGAUUUCCGAUCCUUUAAACACAUCCCUUCAAUAUGUCGUCACCACCAUCCUAUCAGACCCCAACCAACCCCCUCAAACGACCCUCUAUCUCCUCGUCCGCCUCACAACCACUCGGCAAGAAGCCUCGCAUGCACCCUCUCCGACAAACCUCAUUCCCCACAGGUCUCGAUAUUGUAGACCGCAGCUUCGGUGCGACCAGCGAUGCGGGAAGCGUGACGGGCAGUUUCACAGGAAGCAUCGGCGGCGCAAGCGCAGACGGCAUUUUUGCUGGCGCAGCCCGCGGAAAGAAGCGCGGAAGAAAGAGCAAAGCUGAGAAGGAGCGCGAGCGUGAGCGAGAAGAUGCGAUGAGCUCGCGCGCUGGAGAUGCACGGCUUGAAUCUGUCGAUGCUGAAGGCUCAGUUCGAGGGGGCAUGGGCGGAGGUGGUGGAGGAGGUGGUGAUGAUGGCGAUGAUGACGAUGACGACGAUGAAGGCGAGCUUUUGGGGAGAGAGGAGGGUACUACGGAUACCGAGGCUGAGAAGAAGAACUUGGCGAUUUUGGUUGAUGCGUUUAACCCUCAGCAAUCCGAGCGAUAUGACCUUUUCAAGCGAGCAAAGCUGCGCAAAGAAUCCCUCCGACGUAUCGUCAACCAUGCACUCUCACAGUCCGUCCCAGCCAGCGUGGUCACUACAGUCAACGGUUUCACAAAGGUGUUUGCUGGUGAGAUGAUUGAGAAGGCGCGAACGGUUCAGGCUGAAUGGGCCGAUGCCUUCGACCAAGCGGCACGAGCCGCAUUCGACGCCGAAGAGGCCGCUGCUGAGAAGGCAGCUCAGGCCAGAGCUCAAGCCGUGGCGGCACAAUCAAAGACCGCGACUCCUACUCCUUCGGGCACCCCUGUCCCUGCGUCUAACCCAGGACCCCUCAGCAAUGGCAUCAAGAAAGAGCCAUCGGAUACAAACCAGAUACGACCAUCGUCCGUUCCAGCGAAUCCCCUCAAUUCAACAUCUUCUACUCCCGCCCACCAUCUGUCCCCAUCUCCAUCUUUACAAGUCGGCCGGGCUUCGGUAUCAAGUCCUGCGCCUCCGCGCCCACGAAGAGAGUUUCGCCCACCACCUAACCCCCAUCGUGGCCAGCUUCUGCCAUCACACUUGCGUGAAGCACUUCGCCGUUACAAGCGUGAUGGCGAAGGUGGUGGUGUCGGCUUCUCCGGAUUGAGUAUGGAUAAUCUCGGGGUCAAGGGUUCGGUUACGUGGGCCUCUGGCAGCGUGGGGGGGCGACGACUAUUCCGUUAAUCAAGCAUUUUCUUCUUGGCUUCAUACAAAAGGUACAUCGGCACUACGAAGUCUUUUCACGGGCGCUUGGGUUCAGUCGACAAGGGUGUCGACUUAUGAUUUGUGAGGAGUUAUCCAUAUACAUGGUAGCGGUGUUUCAUAGGGUUUGCUGAACAUAAAAUCUUGAUACCACACCAAUUCUUCUCUCGAGCAACUGGCCCUUGUAACCUUCACCGUGGGCUCAUCCCCAUAUCGUCUAAGCCAAUGACGUAUCUCUCAGGCGUAGUGGGAGGCGUCUCAGGUAAGUGGACGGAGUACAAAUAAGGAGUUGACAUUCCGCCACAUUUGCUUGAUCUGCCGAUCUAGGAGGUUGGAGCCCUUGGCAUGGACUGCUCAUUCAAUGGAUCAUCCACACAAGCUAUUUGAACUCGUCCUCUUGACCCAUGAAUG